AUGGCCGUGUUCAUUGAAUUGAGAAUUGAUCCUCCUUCAGAGCCUCAAACUUUGAGAUCCGGACCCUCCGGGCAGAACCGGAUCGUGACCUCAAAGUCCUCGAGCAGCAGUCUGCUGAGAGGCUUCGCCAGUGUAACCACCUCAGCAGCCGAUGCGUCGAGCUCACAUAGGGUGGAUGCCCAACAACUCGAACGACGAGUGGGUGAGCUCGAGCGAGAGCUGCUCGGCUCACGGAACUUGGUGCGGCUCUACGGGAGAAAGACGGCCCUGCUGGGCGCGACGUCUCGCGUGCGACGGCAUGUCGCCGCUGCUCUUUACCGCGAAAAUCGACACCAUGAAGACCGUAUCCGUCGGCUGACGGCAUCCUCCAUCCAGUGUCGGGCGCGUCGGCCUCUCCCCGCCGGUUGCACAUAUUCGAUCACGUCUCUACCGACGGAGAAGAAACCCAGCAAGGUCGACAGACCUUUGUGGACGCCCUGCUCUCGUUUCAUGGCUGUUACGGUCGGGCAAUCUGCUUUAUCGCGGACGGUGAAAGCGGCACGGGAGAGGUCCACGAGUCACAGGGCGGACUCGGAGGGCGCCACGUCGCGCCGGACCGUCGAGGCUGUCGACAAGAGUUGA